CUAUGUUGGUAACUUAACCUCAAUAACUUCAAACUAACUAUUUCGCUAUUUUUAAUAAUUUUCGAAUAAUAUGAAGAAUCCUGAGAUAAAUCAGUUUAAUUUAAACUCCGGAUUAUUAGCUAAACAUAAAUCGACCAUCUACAGUAAUGCUACAUGGCACAAAAUUGAAGUAGAAAACGCUAUGAAUUUAGAGCGAGACACCGUUUUAAGGACUCUAAUGAACUUUGUACAUCCUCUUGACUUUAUUCCUGUUUGCUAUGAAACUAAAGGAUCAUGCGUUAGUUUCCUCCUAAAGAAUUGUGGAGCUGCUAUCGAAAGACUUUGUAGGCACAACUUGAUAGUUACGAACCCACAAGAUGCUUCAAUGCCUUUUAAAAUUAAAAUUAUAUUAAAAUUUGCUUACGCCGCUGAUUUAAAAAUUAAUAUUCAAAACAAUAUAAUUUCUGUUUUGAAUAAACGAUACCAUGCAGAAUCAAGUGUGUUAAAUUUGGAGAUGUUUUAUAAAGAUCCUGAUCUUAUUGAAUUUUGUACACUUUCCCAACCGAAACUAAUGUUUUAUGUGCUCCAUUUAAGUCGAAGUGAAAAUCGACCAAAACAUCCCAAAUCAAUAAAACUCUCGAAUAAUGAAAUUGAAAUUUUAAAACCUUUAGAGGCUCUUUUCGGUCUUAAAUCUUUAACAUCUCUAGAUUUGCGAAAUAAUAGAAUCAAAGAAAUUGAUGCAAGUUACUUUAAGGAUUUAAACAUCACCGAAUUAUGGCUUGAUGGGAAUCCAAUUUGUGAUGAUUACGACGAAUACUCUUAUCCAAGAGCAAUUAGGGAGAUGAUCCCUACUUUAGAAAAAUUAGAUGGAGUUUUUAUUAAGAAUAAAGGGGUGUUGCCUUUUCGAAGAAACUUUUUGUGUUCAUCUUCAGGUCAUGAUUUAGUCGAUCAAUUCAUGGAGCAUUAUUUUAAUUUAUAUGAUACAACAAAUAGAAAUUAUUUAGAUGGUGUUUAUCAUAAAGAAGCUAUGUUUUCUAUGUCUGCUCAUUAUUUAGGUUUACAAAGUACAUCUUUGACUGCAAAGUUAUCACCAUAUAAAAAAGUGACUCGAAACUUAAAAAUGAUGUCAGAUUUUUCAAAAAAUGAUGAAUGCUUAUUUAGAGGUCGUGAUUCCAUCGUGAGAUUAAUAACGCAACUUCCUUUAACAGAACAUGAUCCAAAUACUUUUACUGUUGAUUUGAUGUCUUACACUGAAACUGCUGCUGUUUUGGUUAUAGCUGGCGUUUUUCGUGAAGUACCCCAAAAUUUGCUUGAUGCAGAUCGAAUUUUGGGAUUCUCAAGAGUUUUUGUGUUACUUGCAGGUGUAAAUGAUGAAUAUUCAAUAGUUAACGAACAAUUACAUGUUUAUAACGCAACAUCCGCUCAAGUUAUCCGCUCAUUUAAGCAACCUAAAAUCUCUAGACCUUCUCAUAUCCAAAUUCCUCCGCCAAAAAAUAUUAAAGAACAAGUUAUGUUGGCUGAAGCACUUGUGAGUCUUACCGGUCUUGAUAUAGAAUGGGCUACAAAGUGUUUAGAAGAAUGCCAAUUUGAUUUUAAAAGAAGUUUAGAAUUAUUCGUGGAUUUAUUUAAAUUGGAUAAAAUCCCAGCAAACGCUUUUAGGUAAAUAAAAAAAUAAGUAAAAUUAUUUUAAAAAUUAAUAUACAAAUACAUGUUUUUUAAACUUAA